AUGGGUUCUGCUACAAACCGCCUAAUGGGGGCCUUUGCUGUGGUCCUGUUACUAUUGGUUUCAAUCAAUAUGAAAGUUCUUUCGAUGAACGCUGUCUAUGAUCUGAAAGAACGGAUGGGAGACAAUGUGAUGGAGAACUUCAAAAUCCUUCCAGCGAAUCGGUUAGUUCAUGUCUCGCGUGCUGGAAUCGGCCAUAGGAUGGUUCGGGAUACAUCUGCUUAUCAUUUGGCAAAGGGGCUAGAUCUAGCGCGAUUGAAGCUCCAAUGGGGAUCUUGCUCAAAGGAUACGAAUUGGAAAGGAAACGAAGGCUUUGAUGAACUCAGCAUUUUCCCUCAUUUGUUUGGAAACGAUCUUUGGAACGUUCCAGGAACGCUUUCAGGACCAAAGAGAGAAGGGAAGAAGGUGAUUGCGAGGAAUGAUGUAUAUGGAUAUAUUCCGGGUGAGAGUUACAAGACCUAUCAUAUUCCAAUCCAGCGUGAAAUCUACGAAGGGGAAGACGGGCCAUUCUUUGACAAGCUGCAGUCUGAUUCCGAGUUUUAUGACAAGCUAGUAGACAGCUACAUGUUCAAGGAUGAGGUAGAAGCGUUUAUGGAAGAGCACAACUUUGCAGAACAUGAAGUGAUUGGUAUUCACUUGAGUGCUGGAAAUGGCGAAGAAAAACACAAAAUCGAAGACGAGCGAAAGUUCAUGAAGAAUAUUUUGUACCUUGUGAGCCAAUAUGUCAGAUUGAUGAAGAUGUUGUACCAUGAUAGAUUCGCGCGGCGGACACCACUGAUCUUUCUCGCGACUGAUACCCCAAGACUCAUUCCUGAAGUUCAAGCAGCAACAGAAAAGUUCGGCGUGAAGACAGUUGUCCUCGAUCAAAUUCGUGUUGAAGACAAUGAGGGUGUAACAUACAAAGCGCUUGCAGGGAAGGAAGAAACGUGUUUGGAGGGAUGGAAAGCAAUGACAUCAGAUAUGAUGCUUUUGAGUCAUUCUGAUGUAGUCAUUGCAGCCAGACCUUCUGCAUUUACACAGGGUCUACCACUCUCGAGAGUAUUCGACAAACAUGUGGACGAGGAGGGACCCCACUAUUGUGAGGUUGGUGAUGAUGGAAACUACAUGAGUUGCUUGGAAGACAAGAAAACAUGGCUCUUCCGCGACAAUAUUCGAAAAGUUGUCCCCAUAUCAAGGUCGCAAGGUAUAAAUGGACUCUUCGAUCCAGAAUUUCCCCAAGUCGUGCACAACCUACUUAUACAACUUCCAGAUGUAGUUCAUCCGAAUGAAUUCCAGGAAGUAAAGAAAUUUUUGGAUGGGAAAAGGGGUGAGAAUCAGGGCGAUAUUCUGAAACAUGUGUAUGGUGAAAAGGCAAUCUUUGGAAAGUACAAAGACAAUUUGAAGCACGAACCAAAGUGGAACUUUGAAGAUUAG